AUGAGGACAUGGAUGAGGACGACUCGGAGAAUAGCGAGGAAGAGCGCAAGGGCGAGUCAGACUGUCGAUGAGGACAACAUGGAGGAGAUUGACCAGGACAUCGACUACGCAGAGACAGCCAAGGACCUGCAGGACAUGGAUGAGAAGGCCAGCUCGAGGUUCGGAAAGCAUUUGGAGCAGCUGAGCGCGACUGCGGAUUCCACCAGCACCGGCCGAGGGCGACCGACUCGCCAUCUCACAUUUGGCUUCCUUCGUCGCCGCGUGCCGUGCUUCCACAACCGCUGUCACCACCACUACAUUGCACCCCGCAAUAGGAGCAGCUUUGGUCGCGCCACUGCCGGUCACUCGGCUGGUUUGACACGCGAUGGCGAAUCCAUCCUCUUCCGCAUCCUCCCUGAGGGUAGUCCCCUUCCAACCGCUUCUCGCGCCGCCAGUGCCGUCAAAUCGCCGGAAACUUCGCCAGAACAACGCAAGAUGGGCACACAGAGCCAACCAGUUGACAUGAAAGGAACCACAAUAUCGUACGAGAAGUUCGCAAAUCUGCUGGACUGGAAGGAUCAUGUCUUCAAAGACCAGUUUGGCUCAGCCAACCUUGACCCUAUUUCGAUGAGAAGACACAAGCGCAAGGCGGCUGAGGUUUUCGACACCGAAGAUGAGGACGAACAGCGUGAGAAGCCAGACGCGUCACCGGCUCCAAGUAUGCCAUCGUAA